CAGUGCUUAAGAGGGACUGAUGGGAGUCUCAUUUGAGUGUUUAAAGUCUGAGAAAUCAUCGCUAAAGAUAGCGGAUUUGGUAACUUCUCAUAACUAUAUUUGGAUUUGGAACCCCAAUUCAGACGGGUUUUCCAGAUUCACGCGGUUACCCCUUUUUUAGAGAGUAUAUUUGUAUGUUCUAACAGAAUAGAUUUCUGUUGUUCUUCUCUUCCUUUCGUUUAUGGUGGCCAAAUUCUUUGAUUUUCAGUUUCUUUCGAGUUUUUUAGGUCAUUCAGACUUGAAAACCAGGAAAGAAUCAUGGGUAUUAAAUCUUUUCUUGCUCGGAGAAAGAAAUCAUCUUCCAAAUCGCAAUCGCAAUCGCAGUCUGAGUCUCCUGCAGGUUCCAGCAAUGAAAGUCGAUCUGGGCCGCUUUCGUUCACGCAGGCGAGGACCCAGAUCGAAGAGCUCGAGGAUGUUUUCAAGAAAUUCGAUGUGAAUGGCGAUGGGAAGAUUUCUUCCUCUGAACUUGGUGCGAUCAUGGGGAGUCUUGGGCACCCAACGACGGAAGACGAGUUGGAAAAGAUGAUUAAGGAGGUUGAUUCGGAUGGAGAUGGGUACAUUGAUCUGAACGAGUUUAUUGAGUUGAACACGAAAGGGGUAGAUACCGUGAAGGUUCUUGAAGAUUUGAGGAAUGCUUUCUUGAUAUACGAUAUUGAUCGAAACGGGUCGAUUUCACCUGAGGAAUUGCAGACUGUGUUGAGGAGUUUGGGGGAAGAGACCUCUCUUGCAGAGUGUAGGAAGAUGAUUAGUGGGGUCGAUUGUGAUGGUGAUGGAUUGAUUAAUUUCGAAGAAUUCAAGAUCAUGAUGACUGGUUCUAGUGAGGAUUCUUCUUCCAAAUAAACAGCGGCUCUAUCUCUGCAAUGGCUGAUCCUUGAAUGCUGUUCCUCUGGUCUAUCUCCUUCUCUUGAUUUCCUUCGCUUCUUAGAGUUAACUGUCUCUGGGUUGGAAGGAAUUUACAUUUCUCUUGGUUGUUAAUUGUAUAUAUGCAACUCUGUUCUUCUGUUCUUGCUUGGUAAUAGCAUUCAUGAAUCUUCUUUUUCUGUUUUUUUUUCCCCUUUUGGGUUGAUUUGAGCAUCUGGGUAGAGAGGAAUUGAGUAUGGUUAUGUAGGCAUUACUGGAAUUUUUAAAAUUUCUGAUUUAUAUAUGAACAAUGAAAAAAAAAAUGAUUCCAUGAUCUUUUCCAAGUCCAGUAACUGGAAUUCAA